CAAAGAAAAGAUUAAUAAUUUGGUCCAUUAGCGCUAUGAAUCUCUGUUAUAAAUUCACCCUUUCUUUCCCCAUCAUCAUCGUCUUCGUCCUCUUCAAAAUCCUCUGUUUUGCUCUGUUUUGCUCUGUUUUUGUUUUCAAUUCUUCAUUCCCCACAUAUGACCAACCGGAAACCAUCUCUUCCCAUCGCCAAAUCCCGAAUCGGCGUCGCCAUAACAGCCGCCAGAAUCGGCGGAUUUGCAGCGAAUAUGUUAAAGAAGAAGCUUCUCAAAAGAACUGAAAAUGGCGGAUGCGGCGGUGGAGGCGGUGGCGGAGGAGGAGGAGGAGGCAGAAACAGAGCCAUUGCUUGCUCUGUUGAUUUGAUGAGAGCUUCAUCUCCAACUCGUCUGAACUCAGCAAUUUCUCUCUCCCAAUCCACCGCUCAAUCGCCGCCAUGGAUUCUUCAUCUCCCGUCUGCACUCAACAUGUUCGACGAAAUUACAACCGCCUCAAAAGGCAAACAAAUCGUCAUGUUCUUGGAUUACGACGGCACUCUUUCCCCAAUCGUUGAAGAUCCCGACAGAGCAUUCAUGACCCAUGAGAUGAGAGCAGCCGUAAAGAACAUCGCCGCCCAUUUUCCCACCGCCAUCGUCAGCGGAAGGUGUCGAGACAAGGUGUACGAGUUUGUAGGAUUAGCAGAGCUGUUCUACGCAGGUAGCCAUGGAAUGGACAUACAAGGCCCAACAAAAGGCUAUAAAUCCAAAAAAGGCAAUGAAGCAGUGCUUUUCCAACCGGCAAGCGAGCUGCUACCCAUGAUUGACGAGGUACAUAAAACGUUGUCAGAAAUAACAAAUUCCAUUACAGGGGCAAAAGUGGAAAACAAUAAGUUCUGCAUUUCUGUGCAUUUUCGCUGCGUCGAUGAAAAAAAAUGGGCUGGAUUAGCGGACCGAGUUAAAUCCGUGGUUAAUCAAUAUCCUAAAUUGAUUCUCACUUUAGGAAGAAAGGUACUCGAGAUUCGACCUGCUAUCAAAUGGGACAAGGGCAAAGCUUUGGAAUUCUUACUUGAGUCAUUAGGGUUUGCAAAUUCUAGUGAUGUUUUGCCGGUUUAUAUUGGAGAUGAUCGGACGGACGAGGAUGCAUUUAAGGUUUUGCAAAGUAAAGGAUUAGGGUUUGGAAUUUUAGUAUCGAAAUUCCCUAAGGAAACUUGUGCUUCUUAUUCCUUGCAAGAACCAUCCGAGGUUGAAGAGUUUCUGUGUCGGCUGGUGAAUUGGAAAAGAUCGAAGGGAUUUUCUCACUCCAUCUGAUUAAUUAAAAA